CACCGCCGAUGCCCACCGCCCCCGUCUCCGGCUCCGGCUCCGACUCCGACCACCACCACCACGACGGAACCGUCAUGGCCGACGUCCUCUCCAAGGGCCGCGAGUCCUGCUACAAGGCCCGAGACGCCUUCUACGCCUGCUUGGAGAACCACGCGGACAAGAAGCCCACCGAGAUCGCCACCGUCGGGCUCCUCUACCCCGCCGACUGCAAGAAGUCCCGCGCCCAGUACGUCAACACCUGCCGCCCCUCCUGGGUGAGGCACUUCGACCGGCAGCACUGCGCCAAGAAGCGGGUGCAGAGGCUGCUCGACGCCGAUGACGACCAGCGGGGCCCCAUGUCGCUGCCCCAGCCCUACACCUUCAAGCAGUAGGUAGCUCUGCCAGUGAUUCUCUUCUGAAUUGGGUCGUUUCUUUGGAAUCUGGCGGACCUGGAAAUCGUUUCAAAGUCAGUGUCGUUCAGAUGGAUGCUUAUAUAUCUUGUGUAGCCUAGUAUGUUCAAGGAGUUGUGAAUGGGUGGAAUGAACUUGUCUGUGACUUUAUAGCAAUCAGGACCGUUUGUUGUAGUGCCGUCAUUAUCCUUGCGGAAGAUCUUUCUUGCAGUACUAUCCAUAAUCCUUAUGACAUUCUGUACUUUCAUGACUUAUUUCCAUGGAUGAAACUUGAUAUGUGAAGUGAAAUAAUAUCGUCCAGCAAUGGUUUCUUUAA